UUAGAAAGAGCAUAUGCAACGAACUACUUGGAGGUCGUCGAAAUGCAAAACAAUGGCACAUAAUAAUGCCACGUAUCUAAUUUUAUAUCUUGAAAUUUUGUUUUGAAUAGCCGAAGAGGUGCAGAAUAAAUCUGUGAGACGUUCGAAUUGUGUACAGACGCCAGAGAUAAGGUCAAUUAUCUGCUUGUUUGGCCAUUCAGUUGACAGGCAUCGUUGUUCGACGCUGGAGCUAUUUUCCUUUCUACAGAAUAAUAUCACAGAUUUCUAGCAAAAUGGCUGACAAAUGCGUGGAAACAGUACUGGGCCCUGUCAAGGCAUCGGAGCUUGGAGUAGUUCUGACUCACGAGCAUCUGGCACUCGAUUUCGACAAGUUUUACGUGCCACCGCCGAAACUUCUUAAUGAGUUUGUCAACGGAAAAAUUGACCUCAAAAAUGUCGGAGUACUCAAGCAAUAUCCCUACGGCAGCAAAUACAACGUUCGUUUCAACGAUACUGAUAGCGCCGCUGCGGUUUUAGAAGACGUGAAGUUCUAUAAAAAAAGCGGCGGCGGUACGAUCGUCGAGAAUACGAGUCACGGAAUCAAGCGGGACAUUCCGCUGAUGCAAAAAGCCAGCAGGGAAAGUGGCGUUCACGUAAUUGCUGGAACUGGUCAUUAUGUAGCUUUAACGCAAGCCACUCCAUCUCUGGCGGCCACAGAGGAGCAGAUGUACAAUUUAAUAGCGCAAGAGUUGACAGUUGGUUGCGAGGGUAAUCCAUCGGUGAAAGCUGGAUUCAUAGGCGAAGUGGGAAGUGCCUGGCCGAUCGAAGAUUUUGAAAAAAGAGCCAUUAGAGCAACAGCGCACGCUCAAGAGCAGCUGAAAUGUCCAGUAAGCUUUCACCCGGGAAGAGAUGCCGCUGCUCCGUUUGAAAUUUUGAGGAUAUACUUGGAAGCCGGGGGCGACGCUAAAAAGGCAAUAAUGUCCCACUUGGAUCGAACUCUGACAAAGGAUGAGGAUCUGCUGGAGUUUGCCAAAUUAGGAUCGUAUUGUCAGUGGGAUCUUUUUGGCGUCGAGUGUUCCUAUUACCAGUUGCACGUUCCUACGGAUAUGCCGUCGGAUGCCCAACGAAUUGAUAAAAUACGGCUUUUGAGGGACGAAGGAGCGGUGGAUAGGAUUAUGAUGAGUCAUGAUAUUCACACGAAGCAUCGUUUGAUGAAUUUCGGCGGACACGGAUACGCCCACAUCAUUAACAACGUGCUACCCAAAAUGUUGGUCAAGGGUUUCACAAAGGAGGAAAUCGAUACGAUUACCAUUACAAAUCCGAGAAUUUGGCUUACAGCUUGAUUUUAUUUCUUUACAUACAUGCACGUACAUACAUAAUAUAUUAUAUUUCGUUUACAAAAGAGGCGAUGCAUAUACUAAACGCAAUAUUUUUCAAAGAUAAAUUUAUAUUGAUUAUAAAAA